AUGACGGAACUCUCAGACUCGUUGCUGUCGGAAAAGGCAGCCGCUUUGCGAAAGCUUUUGGACAAACAUGUUCCAAAACAGAACCCGCUCAUUCGUGUUCUUGAAGGUCAAUUGAGUCAGGCUGGACCUGACUCCCUUGCCAUCGACACUUUGGUCCAACAAGCUCUUUCCUCUCUUCAAUCUGAAUCUUUGUCAGUGGAAGAUGUCUUCCCUAGCUCAACGGAAUGGAUGACGGAGCUGUCACGCUUCUUCUCGCGCCCUCCAAAUCCGUCGUUAUCAUUGACCAGCAGCAUGAGCGGUGCCUACUUCCUAGCCCAAGGCGGCGCCGGCUCAGCAAACCAAGCACUUACUCGAGACAGUGCCGGUCGCACCGUCACGGCCAGGAUGGCGUUGUUCACAGCAAAGCUCCUCACUUCUGGAGUUCAGCUAGCUUCACUACCGCCAGAGUUUCAGCUCGAACUUGUAUAUCUGCUCCUCGUCACUGCAUCUCUGGCCGGUGAUCAACUAGCAGUCGGUGAGCCUGAAGGCUUGUGGAAUAAUUCUCCAGAAGCCCUGGUCGAUAUGCAAGACUUCCUUGAUUUGAGCUCUGCGGCCGUCGAGGCCAUUGUUGCAGCUGCUGAGAGCUGGAGAGAUUUGGACAUGUCCGGUGACUCUCUACUCGAGCGCCUGACAGGCUUCAUGAUUCGAGAGACUCAGGGAUCGGGUCCUGGAGCGUUCUACACUGCCAAAGCUCUAAGCUCGCUGUUCCAAGCCUUGGUUAAAGCACAUGGGCCACCAACCAGGCUUGAAGAGUGGAUCACCCGGCUUGGGGUUAUGAGGCUGGCUCCGGACACUACUCUGGCUGCCUCUGCCUUCCUUUCCGGUUUCGGUGGUGCGCUUGAGUCUUCCAAAGUUGUUUUGACUCUGUGUACCCGCUUGAUCAGCGAAAUCCCAGGGUGCUCUGCAGCACAGCCACAAACUCUUCCAUCCCUCGUUUUGCUGAAUCUCACCAUGUCCGUGUAUGAGGCAGGCCAGGUCCCCGUCGAGACACGCAAGCAGGUUCUCGCUCUUCAGCAAAUGAUGCGGUGGGCAGAGAGUCCCGAGGAGAUUGGUCACCAGCUGGCUGCCGAGAUUUGCAAAGCGAUCGCCCGGUUUCUUCCAGGCUGCAAAGAUACGUACGGCCCGUUUUGGGAGCAGGCGAUCGAAUACUGCUUUUGGUUAUGGGAGCACGCCAAGGAAGCUCAACCAGAAGAGCGCUUGCCUUACAUUCAUUCCUCUCUUAAGCUUAUGCAGGCAUUUCAUGGCACCGAAGACCCCAACGAUGACCUUCAGGAAGCUCUGGAGAGCCAUGCAAAGGACGAGUCUGCAGGGCUAAUUUCUCUUCUUACCCUUCCGCGGGAAGCGCCAUCUAGUCUUCCUGGCGAAUUGGUCGAUGCUUUGCUCUCAAGAGCGGUAAGCAAAAUACCACAUACACACCUUACAGACCUCAGCGGCCUUUACGAAUCGGUUUCUUCCGAGUCGAAAGAGAUACAAAAGGCCGCUUUUGGCUUGCUCCAUCGUGCCUUGCCUGCUGUGCAAGAGGACAUCAAUCUGGCUGUUAUUCUGGACAAAAAAGCUGCACAACUCCCUGACGAAUUACUCUCUCUGCUCCUCAAUGCCCCAAAUCCCGAUGAGUACUCCGACGAGGACCUUGCACAGUUUCCCGCGCCUAUCCGCUCCUAUCUGUUGGCUUGGCAUCUCGUUUUUGAUGCCUACAGCAAGGCUUCCUUCAGAGUUCGCAGCGAUUACACGGAAAAUCUCCGCAAGGACAAGUACCUCGAUCCUCUCCUCAAUUUUCUUGUUGACGUUCUUGGCCAUGCCCUCGCCUGUGCUCUUGACCUCGACAAAGAAGGCUUCACGGCAGAGCACAUCCGUUCCUACAGCAUUGAUCUCGCCGACUCCGAGCCAGCUGAGAGGGACAUGAACUGGCUUCUCAUCCACCUGUUCUACCUUGUGCUUAAAUACAUCCCUGGUUUGUUUAAGAUGUGGUAUUUCGACUGCCCAUAUAAGCAAACUAAGAACACGGUUCAGUCAUGGAUGGAGAAAUUUUUCUCACCGCUCAUCAUUUCGGAUGCCCUCGAUGAGGUUGUGGAAUGGGCGUCAAAGCAAGAAGGAGGAGAUCCAGACACACAAGAACUCGUGGUCAAGGUCAACAAAACCAUGAGAGAGAUAACUGCCGGGUAUCCUGUUGACGAUGAUGCGGCCACUAUCCUCUUGCAGGUGCCCAAGUCAUACCCUCUUGAUCCUGUCGAGGUCUUGAGUGUUAAGCGGGUGGCCGUCAGGGAUGACAAGUGGCAGGCUUGGCUUAAGGGCAUCAAGGCCGUCAUCAUGUUUGGGAACUGCAGCUUGGUUGAUGGUUUGAUGGCCUUCAGGCGCAACAUCUCCCUCGCUUUGAAGGGUCAGGAAGAGUGCGCGAUAUGCUAUUCAAUCAUUGCUCAGGACAAGACAUUGCCAGACAAGAAGUGCGGCACGUGCAGCCACUACUUCCAUCGUGUGUGUCUAUAUAAAUGGUUCCAGAAUAGCGGCCGCAACACGUGCCCGCUGUGUCGGAACCCCAUCGACUAUUUGGGCGCGGACACAAAGAGGAGGAGACCGGAACAUGAAUAA